AUGUCUAACAACAAAAAUCUAUACGAUUUGUUGGGCAACGACGUCGUCGACGAGGACGAGAAGCCAUUUGUGGCCUCGAAAGAGGUGGUGAAGCCUCAAAAAUCGACCAAGAAGUCGGGCGUUCCACCAAAAGCCGACAAGUCAAAGGCUAGAAAGAACAGAGCUCCAAAGUUCACCGGAAACGAGGCCGGACUCAAGCACACGAACAAAAACAGAUCGGUCGAGGGCCCAAGAGUGACCAGAAGAAAGGGAGGCAAGUCAAAGCAAGAUGACAGACACUCGAAGACCGGCAGAAGUGAAACUUCAAAGGCUGAGAGAUCGAAGCUUGGAGAUGAGGCCAGUGCCCAGAUUGAAGGAGAGCAGGACGCCAAGCACGAAAAAGCAGAGGAUGAAGAGGAAGAGGAGGAGGAGGAGGACACCACCCAGUACAGGGGCUUUGAAGAUUACUUCAAGGAGGUGAAGCAGCAGCGUGAAAGCUUGGCUGCACACCCUAAGGUGAGUGCCAAGCCAGAGGACAUUCCUGCCGACGAGCUGAUCGUCAAGAAGGAGGAGUUCCUGAUUGCUCCAACCUCCACCAAGAAGCUCAGAAGCAGAGCCAGAAAGGAGAAGAAGGUCUUGGAUAUCGACAUCACCGUUGCUCCGGAGAACGCCGACGGCUUCGAUCCAAACCACAGGGGCGACAGAAGAGGCCCAAGAGGCCCAAGAGCCGACCGUGGUGACAGAAGAGGUGGUAGAGGAGGAAGAGAUGACAGAAGAGGCGGUAGAGGUGGUAGAGGUGGUAGAGGAGGCAGAUCCUUCAGAGGAAGAGGCCCAAGAGCCCCAAGAUCCUCCAGGGAUGCUGCCAAGUCCGCCAAGCCUGCCAAGUCUGCUUCCAAGUCCGCUUCCAAGCCUGUCAACAAGUUGACCGAGGAGAACUUCCCAUCUCUAUGA